AGGUUGUUAAACUGCAAUCAAAAACACUUAGUAGGAAUGAAUCUGUCCCUGUUAUGAGGUUUGAACUCCUGACAUCCUUAUUCACUGGAACUUGACUGCCCAGGACGCAGCAGAGAGGGGAUUUUGAGAGCAUGUUUCACACACCCUGCAGCUGUGAGCCAUUUGCAGCAUGAGGAAAAGCCCUCCAUCACCUCAAUGUACAGGAAAGAGAAGACAGAUGACAGUAGCUAUCCUCCUCCAAUAUUGAGGAAAAGGCCACCUGUGGAUCAAGCUGUGGGGGAAAAGCGGAAACCAGAGAGAAGAGUUCGAUUUCGUGAGCCAGAAGUCACUGAAUAUGUUAUUUCCUGCUGUGACUACAUAGUGGUAGAUGACAGGUCAUCAUCUGGAUUUCCUGUGCUCCUGUGGCUCUCAUUCUGUGCAGUGUUGAUCCUUGCUGUGAGUGUCUACUACACCAACAUGAAGCAAGAUGUCAAAGUCCUGGAAGAAUUUCAAUCCCGACUUGUUACGUUCUUCCUUCAGAUAAGACAUGUUGUUCAGAAAUGCUAUACUUUGUUUAUGAGGCAGUAGCAAUGUCCUCCAGCCUGACAGACAUUUCAGAGCACUGUCAACCAGGAUUCAGCUGUGCAAAGCUCCCAGUGUACUCCAGCCACAUGCA